UGGAGGACAAUCAGCAUCCAGGUAUGAAAGAAUAUAAAGAGAGGAUGGAACCACAGCAAAAUAUCAGCUCAGUGACAGAACUUUGUUGUACACAGCAAUCUACUGAACACCAUCAUGCUCUCAGCACUCAAGUUUCAGAGAACCUCAAGGCACUUUUCCUGCCUGCGACUUCUACAUAAAUCUGCAGUUGAAGUGCAAGAAAGACCUGCCCCAGAGGAGACAAUCACCAGCAGUUUUGGAGGGUUCAUCCACUUGGUGCACCCGGGCCAGCUGUCAGACACUGUGCUGCACCGCAGUAAGAGGAUGAUCCUGGACAGCAUCGGGGUGGGGCUGCUGGGAAGCAGCUCCCAUGUCUUUGAGCUGGCUCUGCAGCACUGCCAGCAAAUGUAUGCUCCAGAUUACAUCAGUUCAGUCUUUGGUCGAAGGCACACAAGACUCUCUCCAAGUCUGGCAGCCUUUGUCAAUGGAGUUGCGGUCCAUUCAAUGGAUUUCGAUGAUACCUGGCACCCAGCCACCCACCCCUCAGGGGCAGUCCUUCCUGCCCUGCUCGCUAUUGCUCAGAUGUUACCUGGCAACGCCAAGCCCAGUGGGAUGGACCUCCUGCUAGCCUUCAACGUGGGCAUUGAGAUUCAGGGUCGGCUCAUGAGGUUCUCCAACGAAGCCCAAAACAUCCCCAACAGGUUCCAUCCCCCGACUGUAGUGGGCCCUCUGGGUAGUGCUGCUGCCUGCUCCCGUCUGCUCUCCCUGGAUCGCUCGCAGUGCUCAAACGCCUUGGCGAUUGCUGCCUCGCUGGCAGGGGCUCCCAUGGCCAACGCUGCCACUCAAUCCAAGCCUCUUCAUAUUGGGAACGCAGCCCGACUUGGUCUGGAGGCGGCACUGCUGGCAUCCCGGGGCCUGGAGGCCAGCACACUGAUCCUGGACUCGACCCCAGGCUGCGCUGGCUUUAGUGCCUUCUACAACGACUACCUGCCUCAGGCUCUGCCCUCCCCGGUGGAACAGGAUCCCCGCUUCCUGCUGGAGGACCAGGACAUAGCCUUCAAGCGCUUCCCUGCACACCUGGGGAUGCACUGGGUGGCAGACGCAGCGUGCGCAGCACGGGAGCUUUUGGUCAACACCGUAGGGGGGUUCCAGCCCUCUAUGAUCCAGAACAUCCUACUGAGAAUCCCCCUCUCCAAAUAUAUCAACCGGCCCUUCCCUGAAUCCGAGCACCAGGCCCGACACUCCUUCCAGUUCAACGCCUGCACUGCUCUGCUGGACGGCGAGGUCAGUGUACAAUCCUUCAGCCCAGCCUUCCUGGACCGUCCUGAGCUGCUCAGCCUCCUGAGCAGAGUACAGGUCGAGCAUCCCCAGGACAACCCUGCCAAUUUCAAUAAGAUGUACGCAGAGGUGCUGGUGACCCUCACAACUGGCGAUGUGUUGAAGGGUCGUUGCGACACCUUUUAUGGACACUGGAGGAAGCCACUGAGUCGUGACAGUCUGCUGAAAAAGUUCCGGGCCAACGCUGGGGCAGUCCUGCCAGGAGAGAGAGUGGAGGCCAUCAUUGAUGCCGUGGAGAACAUAGAAGACAUGCAGGACUGCUCCCACCUCACCAUGCACCUGGAGUGAAGGGCUUCAUGACAUCCUUUGAUGACGUACACUUGAAGAAAACAAUAUGAAAUGAUUGGGGAAACGAUCUUCAUGCCAUUUGUGUUUUGUUUUACUGUAUUAUUAUUAUUAUUGUUGUUGUUGUUGUUGUUGUUGUUGUUGUUGUUGUUGUUAUAUAGUGCAGAAUUUUAGUGAUUAUUUGCCAGUCAUACUCAAUUGUAAGUAAAGCACUGUUCACAUGGAUUAUGCAAUGUAUAUACUCUCAAUUCUGAUAGCACUGUGAAUCUCACUAUUGCUCUAUUUAUUGAAUUCUUGUUAUUUUAUUUGAUCUUUUACAAAGAUUUAUUGUGUGUAAUUUCAGACUUUUGUAUCGGGAUUGCAAUACUGUUGAUUUGUGUAACAGGUCACUAGUUUGGAAGAUAUCAUCUGUCAAUUCAAUCAAUUCAAUCAUCAAAUGUGAAAUCAGUGUAAUGCCCCAAGUGUGCAAAUAUAAUACAAAUGAAACAAUUGUAAUUGUUUUGGUGUUUAUAUUUUAUUUAAUUGAAAAAGAUUAUUAGUUUACAGUGUUUAAGGUGUACAAUAAUACAGUAAUUUCAUUGUUAAGUGAUAUAAAUGUAUUGUAUAUACUGCAGAUAAUAAAUUGGUAAAAUGAA